AUCAGAAUUAUUAGAUUUACCUUUUACUGAAAAGAGGGUUUGUCUAAGACGAUAAUGGCAAACCAUUUGGCCUAUUUUUGUGGUCAUAAAUUAUUCGCUUCGUUUUGGGACGGAAUGACGUUUAUGCAUAUUAAGGCCCAAAGCUUGAUGUGCAGCACUAACUAGCGUGUAUAAUUAAAGAUCAGUCACACAAAAAGGAAUUAAUAAACAUCCCCGAGCAAUCAAAAUUUAAAUGACUGUCCGUGAUUUAAAUGAUAUACAGUGUUGGAACUGGAUCUUUUCCGUCACGUUCCCCGAGGUUUUUUUCUUUGGCUUUUAAUCCCCCUGCUCGCUUCUUUACCCCAUGUUGAGGGUGGUCCCGCUGGUCAAUGUUCCACGGGUCUUGUUUGCACAGAACUGUUAUCACUCGUGUAUGAGCGACGUGAAGAGGAUAUAAUUUGAACUGAAUGAUAUUUAUUUUCUGUGCUUGGAGUAUGAGAUAUCUAAGGAUUAGUUGUUAGUGUGGUAGAAUUUUCUUGAAUGUGAUGUGUGCCCCCUCACUCUCUCGUGUCCUUCAGUUCCUCUGUGCUUCGGAUACUAGGAAUACCCCCAUCCCUUUGUAUCAGGACCGGAAGCGAUGGGACUCGGAAGAUACCCUGUAUUUGUUGCACACGUCAAUGUCCAGUCGGAGCUCCUUGGCCGACACCAGCAGUAUGGAUACGUUAAUUCAGCAAUCUCUAAACGAAGUCAACGUGAACCAAUACUAUACACCCGAGGAUAAUCCGGAGGCCAUGUUCGACAUGUUGACAAUACAGACGAUCAGAGACCGUUAUCAAGACAUUGAGGAAGAGGACACGACUUCAGACAUAACAACGAUGAAUGGACAAGACUUCGAAAACUUUGUCCGUGAAUUCACUAUCGAUGACAGCAUCUCAGAGUGUUUUGCUUCUGCUGAUGUUCCGGAUCCAUCGAUAGAAGAGGUCACAGAAUCAGUUGAUCUAUCCGAAACAAACUCUCAAGGUCGUCAGAGUAAAUUGAAAAAGAAACACAGAACAAAUCAAGAAGAGUCUGUUUUCAGUGACGAAGACUCAAAAUCCAGUGACUCCAAGCGAUCGAAACUUAAUAGUAUUUCAAAUUUAUUUGGAAAGAAACAUAAAAACAAAGAAGGUUACAAAGUGCUUAAACAGAACGACUCACAGGAGAAGGGCAAACAUAUAACGGAUUCCAUCAUUGACGCUUGUGAAAAUAUUACGAAGUCUUAUGAGCAAAAUAUUUCUCAAAGUACUUGUUCAACAUCCAAUUCAAAAGCAAGUAAACAUAAAAGCAAGAAAACUCGUGAGAGUAAUUUUGAUCAAACUGAGAACCAAAACUCUAGUGAUGUACAAAAUGCUCUCAAUGUACGAAAACUUCCACCUGUUCCGAAAGUGGAGAAUGAAAAUAUCCGUAAUGAUAUUUGGAAUGUGAAACAGAGACACGAAAAACCGGAGAUGACGUCAAAUGGGAGUUUGCUUCGCUCAGUCGAUGUCAAGGCAUUUCUACGCUUAAAUGACCAGCAACUUAUCGAGAAACUGAGAGUGAUAUCAAGUGAUGGCUCUCAAACAACACUAAGGAAAACAGUUUCUACUAGGGAUGUUACUGGGAUGACACUUCUACAAAUUUGUGUACUUGACGACCGAACUAAUGUUGUGGACUUCAUUCUAGAAACAGAUCCCACUCUACUUGAUGCCAACAUCAUGGUGUUUGCUGUUAAGCAUGGCAAGACUGAAUGUGUACGUGAUCUGCUUGAGAGGCGAAGCAUGGAUGGGACCCUAAAUCCUGAACUUAUCGGAGAACUACUGGCUCUCUGCUCCAAGAAUGGACAGACUGAUGUUUUGGAGACAGUUAUACCAUACCUUGAGACGGAUCCACCGUCCUAUCUACCAUGUGACCAGUAUGGAAAUACAGCUGCCCACCUCGCUGCCCAGGAGGGACACCUUCACUGCUUACAGAUUCUUCUAGAUAACGGAUUUGAUGUUUGGACAAUGAAUGACCAGAAUGAGAGUGCACUUGGUCUAGCACUAAAGAACGGGCACCUGUCUGUGUAUAAACAUCUCCUGUUGUAUCAGACGUGUCAGUGUCUACUUACAGAGGCUACUAAACAUCAAAUUACAAAUCUGAGAUUUACAACCCAAAGAACGGCAAAUCACGAAACCCUAGACAAGCUGGAACAACAAUUGGCAAAGUAUCAAAUACAGUUUAAUGAGGUUAUGCGCAAUAUGAUUGAUACACAAGAGACGAUUUUACAGACAGUAGAUAACAUGUACAAAGACAUGAAACGUUUGAUACAGAAAGUAGAUGAUCCUAAUGGUUCCGAAAAGCUCAAACUUAAAUUAGAGAAACUGAAAGCAGAAGCUGAUCAGCUUCAGGAUCUGUUUGACUUUUCACCUCUGGCAAACACUAAUGAUCUACUGACGAAGGUCUUAUUGGAGUUCAGGAAAGUUGUCCUUAGAACGGAGGAGGAGGACACAGUUUCCAGCUCCUCUGUGAAUAUGCCACCUGACACAAAAGAACUCCUUAGUUCAGUACUUCGAAACUCUGCUACAAUUUGUGGUCAAAAUAGUCAGGUAAAUAUUGAGCUGAUCCUCAACUCUCAGGUGCAAAAUUUAUUACAAAUGUUAUCGGACAGUAACCGGCCAGUAUCAAAAAGUACCAGCACAGCAUCCUCACGAUCCGGAAACCAUAGAUACAAGUUUACUCAGCCAGUGUAUCAAAAUCCUAAACUGGAGCAAUUUCUUAAAAACAGCAAGGAAAACAAUGAUCACAAAGAAGAAGCAAAUGAAAAAAUCCAUCAUAACGUUAAUUCAAGUUCUAGCAUAAUGACUGGAAAUGGAAAUUCAGAGCGUCAUCUUUCUUAUCUUCCUGAAGAAAAUGUUAACCAAGAGUUGGAUUUACCUGUACUUGACAGCCCUAGUGUAACGGAUUCUGUUUGCUCUACAGUCGUGACCUCGGGUAUAAUGGGAACUGAAAAAACAGACUGGACUUCUAGACUUGGCACAAUAACUUGUGAUACCAGUGACACGGAAUCUGAUUGGUGGGAUGCGUCACAUGACAAGUCUCGGAGUGGAUACACGGAGUCACGUGAUGAGGAGGAGGAGGAAGAUGACGAUAAAGAUUUUGUCACUAGCAUUCGUUUAAAUUUAGAAAACGAGGAUUUACCUGAUGAUAUGUUACGUGAACAUCGACUUGCUAAGCAUUUACAGUCAAUUGAAAAAUUAAAACACAAUAAAGGGGAAUUUGUGGAAAGAGUUAUUUCAGCCAGCGGGCAAAGAGUCGGUAGAUGGUUAGACUCGUCCUGUAUGGAUCAAGUCAAAAAAGUAAAUCCCGAUAAUAGCAAAAGUUCCAGAAAAAGCAAGAAACAAGGUAUACAGCUAUAUAAUCCUGAACCACGGCAUGAAAUGGAGUCUAAUUCACCAACUCCUGAAAACAGAAGGCGGAGAUGGGAUGAAAUGUCAAUCACGGAUGGAGAAGAGAGUAAAGGAAACCCACGACCUUGGUAUGAAAUGUCAGAUGAUGAAGAGAGCGUGAUCCAGGUGUGGAAGUCAGAUGAUGAAGAUAAUCAGUCACAGGUGUACAGGAUUUAAAACUUCAUUCUGAAAAAAAUAUUACAGGAUGACAUCCAAGUCAGAAUGCUGUAGAACACGGAAACUGAUACACAUAAAUGUUUAAAGGAUCAAGAUCAAUGAAAAAAGAAACGAUUCGAAAUCUUCAGGAUAUAAAUGAUCGUUACUUUCCAUGUUCCAAACAGAAUUGAUUUUUAGUCAAAGAUACGGCAUUCUUUGAGUUUCUUAACGAUGUAAAAUAUAUCAGCUUCUGAAUUUUAAAAAGAUAAAGAACAAUGGCAUGUGCCAUAUUCUAGAUAAUUAGUACAGAUAACAUUUGCACAUUUUCUUUUGUAAAAAACUUUAAAACAAUUUAUUUAACGAAGAUAUAUUUUGAAAUGUGAUACGCCCUUGAUAGACAUUUUUAUUUUCUAUCUGGGUAACCAUCAAAUACCUCAGAUUUAUCUAUAUAUCAAUAAAAAGAGACUCCU